GAAUCCUGAAGGAAUUUCCAGUCAUCCUUUACCAAAGCCAAAUUCUUUUUGGAAUAGGAUAAAUCGCCAAAAUGACGAUCUAUUAUAUGAUUGUUUUUAUUUUACUGAUGCUAGAAAUAGUAUCAUUUGUGAUACUUAGCUUGCCCUUGCCUUUGAAGGUAAGAAAAGCUAUUCUGAACACCAUCAGUCACUCUCCUAUUGCUGGUAAGAUAGAGCAUACUUUAAAGAUUAUGAUCAUCUGUAUCUUAAUCUUGUUCUCUGACUCCGUUCGUAGAGUCGUUCGUAUGAACACGGAAUUUGAAAUGUCUGGUAUCGCUGCCGGUUCCGUUGAAAAUGCCCGUGCUGGAUUCAAGGCUGGUCAAUUUUAUGCUCAAAGAAACUUGUAUCUUUGUGGAUCUGCUUUGUUUCUUUCUUUAGUCGUCAACCGUUACUACCUUUCCCUCAAAAGCUUGAUUGCUACAGAAGAAAAACUUGAAGCCCUUCAAACUGAAGUCAAAGCCAGUAAGUCUGACUCAAAAUCUUUAGAAGAACUUGAUACGUUGCGCUCGAAGCUUGAAAGCCGUGACAAAGAGUAUGCUACUUUAGCUGAUAAAUAUGCUGAAGCUACCAAGACCUUGGAGAAAAAGAAAGAUAUUUAAGUAAGGUUCCAUUAAUAACUUAAUGUUUCUUCUUGUCUCGUUUUGAAGCCUUUUCUUGCAUGGCUAGAUUUGUCAUCAAAUCGAACUUAUAAUCUCUACUUUGGUCGGUAUUCUACAUUUGUUGUUCAUUUUAAUUGAAUAAUCUAGUUUGAUAUAUUACAUUGAUCUAUUUAAACGCUCUAUAGUAGUUACAAUUUGAACUCACAUAAUUGAAUGAAUAAAGCUUUUCAUCCAUCCCCCA